UUUAUGUAGUCCUUUAUGUUAUAUCUAUUAUUUUAUUUGCAGGAGUUACUUGAAUUGGGUGAAGCUGUUGGCACUCAAAAUAGAGGUCUUUCGCAGGAACUUAUUUCCUUGCUUCCAGUCUCCAAGUUCAAGUGUGGCUUAUUUUCACGAAAGAAAUCAAGACAUGAGAGGUGUGUUAUCUGCCAGAUGGAAUACAAGCGAGGUGAUCGGCAAAUGACUCUUCCAUGCAAGCACAUGUAUCAUGUAGGUUGUGGCAGCAGAUGGCUUAGCAUCAACAAAGCUUGUCCAAUUUGUUACAAAGAGGUUUCGCUUAAUGGAUCGAAGAAAUAAUCAGCAUAGAGUGGUUCUUUUCUUUGUUGUUCUGAGGUUACAGCACUGCCUAUUUCUUCUCCUUUUUCUUUUUAUAUAGUGUCUUUAUUUUCCUUUCAUAAUCUCACUUUCCAGUAUAAAUAGGUCAUUCGUCGUGACAUGAUAUUUGUAUCAGCGAAGUUGGUUUUUUUUAUUAUUAUUAUUUUUGUGGAAAAGAGCGAAGUUGGUGUUUGUACAA